AUGUGGGCACGUCAAUGCAUUCCUUGCCAAAAAUCCAAAAUACACAAACAUAAUCACUUCACUCCUAUCCAUAUUCCUAUUCCUGAAAACAGAUUUUUGCAUAUUCACAUCGACAUAAUUAAAUUACCUAAUAUUAAUGGAUAUCCUUAUUGCCUAACAAUCAUCGACAGAUUCACAAGGUGGCCAGAAGCUAUUCCUCUAAAGGACAUUUCUUCAGACACGAUUGUUCAAGCCCUAUUUUCAAACUGGAUACCAAGAUUUGGUACACCAUGUGUGAUAACAUCCGACCAAGGAUGCCAGUUUGAAUCAGCUAUAUUCAAAUCAUUAACGGAUACAAUAGGUGCUAAGAAAAUACGGACAACGGCAUAUCACCCUCAGUCCAAUGGUCUGGUUGAACGCUGGCAUAAAACUCUGAAAGCAGCUUUAAUGUGCUCUCCUGAGCUCUGGAUCAAAGUAUUACCUGUAGUCUUACUAGGUUUACGUUCUUCAUACAAAGAAGACCUUAAAGCAUCUUCUGCUGAGAUGGUUUAUAAAACCACAUUAAGACUACCAGGCGAGAUUUCACAUCUAAAGAACUGUCAUCUGAUCCACAAGCAUUUCUGGACUGUCAUAGAAAAAUAA